AUGGACGACAUCGCCGACCUGACCUUCCCCACUGCAACGGCCAACAGCCUAGCCAACCCAGCCAAUCGCAAGGGAGCCUCGUCGUUCGAUUAUCUAUCCGCCUCCAUCGCCCGAUCCUCAUCAGCAUCACCAUCCCAUCAGCCGAUCUCAAGGGCCAUCUCACCAGCCAUGAAAACCCAGAAAGCAUCCCCAGGAUUGUCCUCAAAAAACAACGCCCAAGAUGCCUUCAGCUCAAUCUUCGGCGAAAAACCAUCAACGGCCUCUUCUCAGCAGAAGUCCACCACCUCGCAGAUGACAAUAGCCCAAAGACUCCAAGCUGCACAGAACCAGAAACUACACCACCAGCUAUGCAAUGGUUCGACGAACUCUACUCGAGCCCCAACUCGUCCCCAAACUUCUAGCCUCAGUGCGAACUCUAUCCCUCCAGGAGCGCGAUCGAACUCUCCCUUAGCGCCACAUCUUAAUGCCUCCCUGGUACCUCAGAAUCAUGAACACAUGUCACGCACCUCAUCCCAGUCUUGGGAUUUUGACUUACUGGACCAGCCCAAGAACUUACAGCAUCCUCCGGCACCCUCUCCUCAGCCGAACUCUACCCGCUCACAAUCCGCCAGCAAACGAGACAGCUGGGGGAUUGAUCCCCUUUCGGAUUUCGAUCAGGUGCCAGACAAAUCCCCACACGCCCACCCGAACAGGAAUGGAUCAGUUGCCCUCGACCACAUGGCCGACUCUCUGUUAGGCGACGAGUUUGGCCCGGUCGAGGCACCCGAUAAAUCGAUGGGCUCCAUCGCUCUUCCGGAUGAACCGUCGUCUUCUGGGGAUGACAUCCUGGGUCUUCUCGGGGCACCGAUCGAUCAAGUCCAUGCCGGCCGAAUCAAGCAGCAGGCCACCGAGCUUUUACAGCACUCGCCCCAGGCUGGUCCGAGCACUCGAAACAUGCAACAGCGACCAGCAAAGCCGUCUCCUGGCCGAACCAACUCGCCUCCCCCGCACAUCCUCGGCCAAGUGGUCGAGAUAGGCUUCUCUCCUGCUCGUUCGCGCCAGGCGUUAGUUCAGACCAGACAUCCGAAGACAGGCGAUUGGGACGUCUCCUCGGCGGUCGAGAGCCUCUUGGGUGCUCAAAGUGAGCCGACAAGCCGUGAAGAUGAUGUGCUUGGCUCGCCACCACCCACGGAGCCCCGCCGGAAACCACGUGGACCAUCGUCCCAGAACAAUCCAGCGCAAGAGAAUGGACAGGCAAAGUCGGAAUUGACCACGGCCCUCUCGGCCGUCAAUGCCAAGGAGAUACAAGACCAGGCUGCUGAGCUGUUGGCACAAGCAUCGGCCUACGGUACCACAGCCCUCGGCAAAGCAGCUUCAUUCUGGAAACAAGGGAAAGCAUCCCUAACGAAGGUGAUCGAAGACCAAACGGGUACCACUAACGCCGGUGCUCCCAAGGAUGGGGAGGCGUUGAAACCCAAGUGGAUGAGAGACGCACAAGCCCUUUCCGUGAACGGUGAAGAGGAGAAUCGGGGUUCAUCUUUGGCUCCGUUUUCCGAUAGUUCUUCAUCAAGCAAGCCCGAUCACAGAUCGCCUGCCUCAUCUACUUCCAGGGAAACCGGCGGCUCGAGUUCCAGACAGCCUUAUGUUUCGUCGGCCCGGCGACAAGUCACUGAAAGAACCAUGCGCUCUAAGCCAACUGAAGAGCCUCAAGCUUUCAAGAAACCUAAUAAUCAUACUGGUGACUUGCUUUUCUCCUCUGAUGCUAGUCUGGCUGCUUGUAAUGCACCAGCACCACAAUCAACAAGCUCGAAACCGCUGCCCGUGCGAGCCGCCCCAAGAGCGAAUUUCCCAAGUUGGCCUGCAGUCACAGUCAGUUCGCAACAAGCCAAGCAGUCUGAAGUUUAUCGAGCCAAGGGGAACGAACUCUUUAAGCAAGGCCAAUACGGAAGUGCUGAAGCAGCUUACACCCAAGCCCUCGGUGUCCUAGAGGAUCCAACAGGCGAGAGCAGUCCACAGAAUGUCUACUUUGGAAGCCUGUCGCUCUUCAACAAUCGGGCGGCUGCUCGACUCAAGAACGGGGACGGUAAGGGGGCUCGGAGCGACGUGGAGCGGGUGCUCGAAGUGUUGUUUGUUGAAGACAGCCGGCUGGACAAGCCCCUCUCGGAUCUGAGCGAGCGUCUCGAAUGGAACCAGAGCCGGCUGCCGGCCGAGUUGAAGACGAGCCUGAACCUGGCCGAGCAAGUGGGCAAAGCGCUGAGCCGACGGGCGCGGAUCAGUGAGGAGGCCGAGCGAUGGGAGGAGGCGAAGGUGGACUGGGAGAACUGCCGACGGCUGGGUGGGGGGGUGACGAAGGGUGCGGGGGGGAUGAAGAUAGUGAACGAGGGUCUGGGGCGCUGUUCGCAGGCGGUCAGCAAGCCUUCGGCAGCCUCCUCCGGCUCUGCUCCGACGGCCGGGGCGAGCCGGGCGAAGCCGAAGGCCAACGGGAGCACGAGGACGGGGGAGACGACGAAGAGGGCGGCAGAGCGGAUCGGGGCCCAACGGGCCUCGGAAGCCGUCGAGAGACUCAAGAUGGCCCACGAGAAGAUCGAGCGCGAGGAGGCCCAGAAGCUGGAUGCCAAGGACGCCGUCGACGAGCGAAUCGCGGCCUGGAAGUCCGGCAAGGAGACCAACCUCCGCGCCUUGAUCGCCUCCCUCGACGCCGUCCUGUGGGAUAAGCUCGGCUGGAAAAAAGUCUCGAUGGCGGAACUGUUGACGGAGUCGCAGGUCAAGGUCAAGUACGUCCGGGCUAUCUCGAAGGUCCACCCCGACAAAAUCCCCAAGGAUGCCACGGUGGCCGAGCAGAUGAUUGCUAAAUCGGUGUUUGCUGUCUUGAAUGAAGCCUGGAUUGCCAUGCAGAACUAA